AUAGUACAGGGGACUGUCUCAUGUAGACUGCAGCCAGGUGACAUAGUACAGGGGACUGUCUCAUGUAGACUGCAGCCAGGUGACACAUAGUACAGGGGACUGUGGACUCAUCGCACACUUGGGUCGGUGGCAGAAGACUGGAGCAGGAGCUGAGAGACACCUACCGAACCUGCGAUCCUGAGAUGGGACUUCUCCCCUAACAUCUGAGCUCCCAAAGAGAACAAGAACCGAUCUCCAAGGGUUCCAUCAGUACAAGAACCGAUCUCCAAGGGUUCCAUCAGUACAAGAACCGAUCUCCAAGGCAUCCAUCAGUACAAGAACCGAUCUCCAAGGGUUCCAUCAGUACAAGAACCGAUCUCCAAGGGUUCCAUCAGUACAAGAACCGAUCUCCAAGGCAUCCAUCAGUACAAGAACCGAUCUCCAAGGGUUCCACCAGUACAAGAACCGAUCUCCAAGGCAUCCACCAGUACAAGAACCGAUCUCCAAGGGUUCCAUCAGUACAAGAACCGAUCUCCAAGGCAUCCACCAGUACAAGAACCGAUCUCCAAGGCAUCCACCAGUACAAGAACCGAUCUCCAGCAGAGAGGAAUCCAUUGAUACAGGAACUGAUCUCCAUCCAUCAGCUGAUAAAGGACAGAAGGUUCCCCUUAGACACGAACUGAUCUCCGAGCAGAGUCCCCCCCCUUGAACAAGAUCCUCUCUGGAUCCAUCACUGGAUCUCCAUCCCACCCCAAUCCAUCACCUGACCAACCCAAGACGGGUCCUCUCCAUCGGGAGAAGCGAUCCAGUGAUCUCCUCGUCCUGAGCUCCCACCAGCUACCAUGUACUAGUAGUGCACUCCGAGAUCUGUUAACCCCCUCGUUACACUGACCUGUCGGGGUGCACUGUGCCCCCCACUUCUUCUUCCCCAUCAUCGACCUGACAAUAACCCCCGGCUGUUGUGAUGCGUAUUCCCGUAGAUCCCAGCACCAGCCGGAGGUUCAGCCCGCCCUCCAGCAGCCUGCAGCCCGGCAAGAUGAGCGACGUGAGCCCGGUGCCCGGCGGCCCGCAGCAGCCUCAGCCCCAAAGCCAGCAGCAGGAAGCGGCGCUCCCGGUGCCCCGGCUGCGGGCGCACGACAACCGCACCAUGGUGGAGAUCAUCGCCGACCACCCGGCCGAGCUGGUGCGGACGGACAGCCCCAACUUCCUGUGCUCAGUGCUGCCCUCUCACUGGCGCUGCAACAAGACCCUGCCGGUCGCCUUCAAGGUGGUUGCACUGGGAGAGGUGGCGGAUGGCUCUGUGGUCACCGUCAUGGCGGGGAAUGAUGAAAACUAUUCUGCCGAACUCAGGAAUGCUUCUGCCGUCAUGAAGAAUCAAGUGGCGAGGUUUAACGACCUGAGAUUUGUGGGCAGGAGCGGAAGAGGGAAGAGCUUCACAUUGACCAUUACAGUCUUUACCAAUCCACCUCAAGUGGCCACCUACCACAGAGCCAUAAAAGUGACAGUGGACGGACCGAGGGAACCAAGACGGCACAGACAGAAGCUUGAUGACUCUAAGCCUAGUUUGUUCUCUGAGCGCCUCAGUGAUUUAGGGCGCAUUCCUCAUCCCAGUAUGAGAGUGGGUGUCCCAACUCAGAGUCCACGGCCCUCCCUGACCUCUGCAUCGAGUCCUUUUAAUCCACAAGGACAGAGUCAGAUUGCAGAUCCCAGACAAACACAGUCAUCCCCUCCAUGGUCCUAUGACCAGUCCUAUCCAUCGUAUCUGAGCCAGAUGACCUCUCCAUCCAUUCAUUCCACAACCCCACUGUCCUCCAGCCGAGGUACGGGGCUUCCAGCUAUCACUGAUGUGCCUAGACGCCUCUCAGGUGCCUCAGAGUUGGGUCCAUUCUCUGAUCCCAGGCAGUUUACAAGUAUUUCUUCACUAACGGAGAGUCGCUUCUCAAACCCGCGAAUGCACUAUCCUGCCACAUUUACGUACACGCCUCCGGUCACCUCAGGGAUGUCACUGGGUAUGUCAGCAACCACUCACUAUCAUACGUAUCUACCACCUCCGUAUCCUGGCUCCUCCCAGAACCAAAGCGGACCCUUUCAAACCAGCAGCACUCCUUAUCUUUACUAUGGUACAUCGUCUGGAUCUUACCAGUUUCCAAUGGUUCCAGGAGGCGAUCGUUCUCCUUCUAGAAUGCUUCCUCCUUGUACUACGGCCAACGGUAACACGUUGCUCAACCCAAAUUUGGGCAGCCAGAAUGAUGGCGUGGAUGCGGAUGGCAGUCAUAGCAGUUCCCCAACUGUUUUAAAUUCUAGCGGUCGAAUGGAUGAGUCGGUAUGGAGGCCAUAUUGAUCCCACCUCCACUCCUGUUGCCUUGUAAUUUCUAAAGACUAAUAAAAAACAUAUGGAAGUGCCUUCAACAUUCAAGAAAAUGCCUUUUAUGCGGUGUCAUAUUCUAUUUUGACUCCAAGACUUAUUGUUGCAAUAGAACUUUCUGAUCAAUAAUUGCCGCUACCGUUUUUGUAAAAAAACAUGGCUAGAAGCACACUUUGCCUUAAACUAUUUUUCUCAUAUAAUAUUUAUAUUGAAUAAAAGACAUUCGAAAAAGAAUAGGUAAAAAGAAACUCAAUUAUUAUUGUAUCUCAAGGGGGAAGAAAGAAGAAGAAGAUGUAGGAACAUAAGGAGACUUAUUCAUUCCAAUACCAAAAAAUGCUAUAAAAAAUUGUGCCUUAUAUAAGAAAAAAAGGGAAAACCUCAAACACAUCAAGAAGCUGCACAAAAUAUAUCGACGUGAUGAUCAAAAUGUUUCCACAGUUGAAUUUUUUGUGAUGGUACAGACUUGGAACAAUGCAAAAUGCACUUCUCUCGAAAUUUUUAUUUCGCAUUUUACAAUUUUAACCAAAAAAAAAAUGUACGAGCAAAAAUAUUUUUUCUAUGCAACAUGUAACAAUAUUAGCUCAAAAGGUAUGAAUUUUAUUGUUCUUUAUUUUUAAUUUAUCGGUAUGUGUAAACUUUUUGGUUUUCUUUUAAGUUUGAGUCAUCUUCAUGUUUUUUUUUUUUGUUCUUUUUUUAAUUUAUAAUUAUUUAAUAAUAUUUGGACCCUCAAGUGUUUCUUUAUAUGGAAUUGUGUAGACAGGUCCCUAAACAAAUAUAUAUAUUUUAUAUUUUAAUUUUUAAAUUUCACAUAGGUAUAAAAUCGUCCAAACAACAUCAAUUAUGCGUCCAGGUAGAAAUCUAAUUACUAAAUGUACCUGUCAUACACUGUGGAAGCUGACAUUUGAUGGUUCUUAACCCCUGCUUGUUUUUGCCCUUACGGACCCAGCCUUUUUUUUUUCAUUGUCCCAAGAUCCAUACCAUUUUUAGUUGUUUUUUGCAGGAUCAAUUCUUUUUUUGAAUAGCACAAUUUUGGGGUACAGAUAUUGAGUUUAUUUUGGGGUGAAUUAAAAGUAUUCCAGCAUUUUUUUUUUGCUGCUUGCCAUGUGCUUAACAUGUUGACUUUAUUCUAUGGAUUACAACGAGGGAGUAAUACCUCAUGCACACGACCAUAUUUUGCAUCCUGAUCCACCUUUUUUACGGAUUGCACAUGGACCCAUUUAUUUCUAUGGUUCCACAAAAAAACAAGCAGCACAUGAAUGUCAUCGGUGUGCUGUCCGCAUCGGUAUGUCCGUAAAUCAUUGAACAUGUCCCAUUCUUGCCCGCAUUGCAAACAAAAAUAGUCAUUUCUAGCAAUGGAAGUGAGAAAAAUGCAGAUUGCAUUUCCAUAUUUUGCAGAUCCGUGAUUUGCAGAUGAUAAUAUGGACAUGAUCGUGUGCAUGAGGCCUAAUACGAAAUAUGUAUAUUUUUUUUAAAAAAAAUUUCAUUUUUAUUAGUAAUUCAGUUUUAUGGAAAAACGAUUUUUUUGUGUUUCUGCAUUCCAAAAUUUUUUUUUUUUUAGGGAUUUGAGGGCUUGUUUCCUUGUAGUUUUCAUUGGCACAGUUUACAUCUAAUUUACUAAUAAUUUUGUAUUAUUUUUUGGGGGGAGAAUGCAAAAUGCAAGUGAUAACAUGUCCCACUGUGCUAACAUUGGCUAUACAAUGGGGAUUUUGGGUGAGUGGUGUCGGCAUGUGACCAUAAGCUAAUGGUUCUGCACAUUGAAUGCCCGCUUCCACUGUAUGUAAACUUCAGGUAUUUAUUUACAGUCCAAAGAAUCUGAUAUUAUUUUGUGCCUUGUUUUAUUUUCUUUAUCUGUGCCUUUUUUUAAUGAGCCUAUGGAGUUCUGUCCUGUUAUAUACCAGGGGUAUCCUUACAAUGUGCUGCAAUGGGUCAUAAAA